GGGUAACUGAGGGAACCUUCUUUGUUCCUGGCGGCAUUCCUUCGGCUGGUGCGUCACACCUGGCGGACUCACUGAGGCCAAGACCGCUGAUCUCCAGACGGCUGGCUACAUUCUUUAUUCCAUACCUAGAACCAUGUCCGUUUGCGUCCGUCCGCUGCGAGAUCGACGGUACACCCAGGGCCUCUUGAAGUGGAGGGAUGAUCCCUUUGAGCUCUUGUUGUAUAUAAGUUUGGGACCCAUCCUGACCCGAAGAUGUGGUUUUCAGUAGUGUUGGUAGCCUGCUUACUAGUAUCGAGUUUGCCUCCAAACAACCCAAGCACUAUACCAAGUGAGCCAGCCUGUCAACCUGUCCGAAGCUACAAGUCAACCGGAUACGCACACAGAAACCCGGUCGUUACACCACCACGCCCACCAAAGCUAUGUACAUUCUUCAGACCGUGCUCCUGGGCCUUGCCGGCGUCGCGCUGGCCCAACACGAAGGCAUGGACAGCAUGGACCACAUGGACUCUGCCACGGGCGCGGCAGACACGCUCCUGGUGGCGCCGGGCACCCCGAGCGUGCCCUCGACGACCGGCCCCACGGUCCUGGUGGGUACAGACACGGCCGUCGUCCCCAUCGCAGCCACCAGCAGCGCGGACCACGACAUACAUGCCACAAUGUCGCACGGCGUGUCCAACCACAGCAGCACCAGCCACUCGGCGCCCGUCCCCACCACGACCGGCGCCCCUCUCCCGGCCGGCGCCUCCGCCAUGUCCGCGACCUCGGCUGGUGUCAUUGCUCUGGUCUUCGCCCUGGGUUUCGCCGCGCAGUACUAAAACACC